UAAAAUAGAAAUAAAUCUGUAUGAUAAAAAAUUGUCCCUCAGCAGCUACUUGUUGGAAUGAAGGAUGUUCUUCCUUACAUGAACGACCAAGAACCUGAACAGUUUCGCAAGUUAUUUAUUGGAGGUCUUGAUUAUAGAAGCACUGAAGAAUCAUUAAAAAAUCAUUUUGAAGAAUGGGGAGAAAUUGUAGAUUGUGUAGUUAUGAGAGAUCCUAAUACUAAAAAAUCUAGAGGCUUUGGAUUCAUUACUUACAAAAAAGCUUAUAUGGUGGAUGAUGCUCAAGCAGCAAGGCCCCAUAAAAUUGAUGGAAGAGAAGUUGAACCAAAAAGAGCUGUUCCAAGAGAAGUAUGUUAAUUUCAUAAUUUUUAAAUUGUAAACUGCAAAGUUUAAAUUUUUAAUAAAAAAUUUUUCUGUUCUUUUAUGUUAGAUUUAAUAUGUUAUAAUAUGUAGAGUAAAAAUGUUAUCUCAAUUUCCUGACUAUUAUCUGCAGUUGCAUAUAAUCCCUAGGUGACAUUUUUCA